UUUUAUAAAAAUUAUUACAGAGAAUUUGGUCAAUAACAAUUCAUAGACUUGAUAUGAUGACAGCGUUGGAGUUGUAGAAAUCUGACAUAAACACUUUGAAUGCUCCAACCAAUGACCAGAGGAUCACAUACUUCAAACAAUAUUCAUAUUUGAUCUUCAUUUUCAACAUUCUACUUCCCGUGUUGAAGUCAACUCUUAAUGUUCAAUGUCCAACGUGAGAGGCUAUCUACUUCUGCAUGAGUUCUUUCCAAUUGCAAUUCUCAUCGCAAAAACAGUUUUAACUUGAAAAAAAAUGUUUGAUAACCGACUUCUCAAAUGUUAUAAGAUAGCUAUCUUCUGUCUAAUCACUUUCUCAGCCAUAAUUUUUCUUAUCCUGUAUGAUCUUAUUUACCAGGAUUCCCUACGCCCUUCUGCAACCAAAGGAGCAGAAGAAGUGCUGCAAGCUCGACCUCACAGAAACGGAGAGGGGAUAAGGUCAACUCUUGUUCUCACACACUCCCCUUUACGUUCCAUGCAACAGAAUAAAGUAGUCGGCAAAGAAAAUCAAGGAGUUCUAGUUGCUCCAUUUAAUUCCACUGAAGAAGAAAUAAUUUCUUGGUUUAAAGGGAAGCUUCACGAUUUCAAGAUUCUCCAGUCGGAUGGAAUGAGUAGGCAAUUCCAUGCUCGGAUUCUGGGAUUCAGCCAUGAAUGUGAGUCUCAAAUUUUCAUGACUUGGGAGUACCCUGCAGGCUCAUUUGAAGCAAGAGAGUUGUUGUCUAUACAGAGUCUUUUCAAGGUGCAUCCCAAGGCUUGUCUGGCGAUUCUAUCAAGGACUUUGGACUCCAUUCUUGGUUAUAGGAUCCUGAAGCCACUUCUUGAUAGGAGGUUCAGAGUUCAAGCAGUGGCCCCAGACUUGCCAUUUCUCUUCGAGGGAACUCCAGCUGAAGCAUGGCUGAAUGAGUUGAUGAAAGGGAAGAAGGACCCUGGUAAGAUUUCUCUGUUUCAGAACCUAUCUAACUUGAUGAGACUUGCAGUUCUGUACAAAUAUGGUGGUGUGUACCUAGACACGGAUUUUAUAGUCUUGAAACCUAUAUCUGUGUUGAAGAAUAUUAUUGGAGCACAAAGCAUGGACUCUGGGAAUAAGAACUGGACUAGACUUAACAAUGCAGUCCUGAUAUUUGACAUGAAUCAUCCACUUCUUCUCAGAUUCAUUAAUGAAUUUGUGUUAACUUUUAAUGGGAACAAAUGGGGGCAUAAUGGUCCCUACCUGGUUUCCAGAGUGGUUGAGAGACUGGGGGAAAGGCCAGGCUUCAACCUUACAAUCUUUCCUCCUUUGGCCUUUUAUCCAGCAGAUUUGAAAAAGAUUGGUGGUCUCUUUAGGAAGCCCAAAACUAGAGGUGAAUCAAAAUGGGUUGAAGCGAAACUGCUUCAGCUAAGUAGUGAGAGUUAUGGGGUUCAUUUAUGGAACAAAGAAAGUAGGAAUUUGAAGAUUGAAGAUGGAAGUGUGGUAGCUAGACUCAUAUCUGAUCGUUGUAUCAUUUGCAAGUAUCUGUAGUCCUGGCUAAAACUGUUUAGAGUUAACUGUGAAUUUGACCGACCAAGCUUUCAUUUUGUAUGCACGACCAAUGUUAUAUUACUCUUGCCAUUGAAUAGUUGCACUUGAUGUGAAUCCCAUAGCUUAUCAAGUUUUCAAGGAAUACUAAAGAGUUACACAAAAGGACAUACAACAAAGCAAUAUUGAGCAUAAACUUCUAUUGGACACUAAUGAUUUACAUGAUCAUGUUGAAUUACCGUUUGUACCAUGAAAAAAAAAAAAGAUGCAAUCUCAGAAAGUGUUCGGCCUCUUUGUUCACAAAUUCCACAUUGGCCAAAAUACGAAUAAACCAAGUCUUUAUAAAUGUCUGACAAGAGCGUUAGCUCGCCGAGUUGAGUAACGCCAGCUUGUGACUCAAGUGAGGGCAUUAUGGUGGUGGGAUGAUACUGUGGUUUCCUUGGGUUUGGCCUUGAAGGUAAGAUGCUGGCCUGCCCCCUCCAAGUUGAGAGCUGACCCAUGGGACCUCAGCGAAGGCUUGGGCCUCUUUAGUCCUAAAGUAGAGGGUAUAGCGUGAGGCUGGUUUCACAGAGCAGCGAAAACCUCUCUCUCCAGACAGUGGAGGGAUAACAGGCUGCUGCAAUCACGGCCAUGUAUGCCCAGUGAGCCCAGUUUACUUAGACCACCAUCGUUUUA